UGUAUGUAUUAGUGAUGUAAUCAUAGCUGAGAUGAACAUUGAUGUCAAUAACCCUUAUAUUUGAAGUGUUGUCCCACUUAUGACACCGUUAUAGCCGACCAUCACUUUUAAUGAUUGAAAGCUAAGAAGUGACCCCAAAAUGAUCAGACAGUCAACGAUAUGACUGAUGUAUAGUCGACAUCACCACUGAUCAGACAAUACAUACUUAUUGUUAUCAAAGAUGUCUUAAUUGACUCAAUCAUCUGAUAUUAAGUGAUAUUAUUUUAUCAUUUGUUUAUUACUUAUGUCUGCAGCGAUGUUUUACAACGUUUCAAACGAUACAUGGGAUCAAAAUACAGAUGCCCCAUCUCUGGAGGUAUCACUUGAAGAAGUGGUUAAUUUGUUAGCCAUGGCUCUCAAUAAUCGUUUUCAUGAAGCACUGGAUGCCUGUGAAAAAUGGUCUCAUAAGAGUCUAUACCACGCACUGGGAAAGGGAACGCUUUGCUUCCUUAAGGGAUGUCUUACCUUAGAAAGAACUGAGAUACAGGAGGCUAUGGAUGCAUUGCAAAACUGUAUUGAUAUAUGUUGUCGAAAGAUGCGAUCGAGUAUUACAAGAGUUGUUUGGCGUCCAAAUUAUAACUAUUAUAGUGACGAGGAAAUACAUGCCGAGCUUUGUUACGCCGAAGCACUUCUAAUGACAGCUUUGCUUACAUUUCUUGAGGACCAAAAUCUAUUAAAUCUCGUUAAGGGAGCCUUUCGUAUUAGGAAUUGCUAUCAAUCAUACAAAGAAUGUAUGUAUAUAUUAAAUCACAGAACUGAAUGGAAAAGUGAAUCCAUAAGAAAUCAUUUUGAGAGUGGAGUGAGACUGGGAAUCGGGACUUUCAACUUAAUGAUAUCUCAUAUGCCAACAAAAGUAUUAAAAUUACUUGAAUUUGUCGGCUUUUCCGGAGACAGAGCACAAGGAUUUACAGAUUUAGAGCAAUCAACUCAAUUGACUGAAGGUCUCAGAUGUCCAUUGGCUGCACUUAUAAUGCUUUGCUACCAGUGCUAUAUUGAACAUAUAUUUGGUUUGGGAGAGGGAGACCUGCAAUGUGUGGAAAAAUUAUUGGAUUUUAGUUUAAAAAUAUAUCCAAAUAGUGCAUUCUUCCUGCUAUUCUUAGGAAGACUGGAACAACUCAGAGGAAAUGUUAAAGAGGCAAUUGAAAAUUAUAAGAAAUGUAUUGAAAUUCAAGACGAAUGGAAACAAUUUCAUAAUAUCUGUUAUUGGGAACUAUUAUGGUGUCAUUCAGUACAAUGCGAUUGGGAUAGUUCUGCCAAAUAUGCAGAUAUAUUGAGACGACAAUGCAAAUGGUCGCCCGGCACUUAUACCUACCAAUACGCCACUUACCUGUAUAUGAUUAUGAUUGAACAAAACAAACCACAACUUAAAGAACAAAUAGAGGAUCUAUUGCGAACUGUUCCAAAAUUGAAGAUAAGAUAUGCGGGCAAAACAGUUCCGGCAGAGAAGUUUGCGAUAACUCAAUCAGAGAAAUAUUUUGUCCAAAAUAAUACUCUAUUAUUACCUGCUUUAGAAUUUCAAUAUAUAUGGAAUAUAUUCGCUGCAAUUGGCAAUUCACCAAAACUUCUAAACCCUAUAUUAGAUAGGGUUGAAAAUGCUGUGACUUUACAUAAACAUGAUUUAGAAUUUGAGGAACGGUCUCUUGAUAACUAUGCUUUGGCACUAUUAUUAAAAGGAAUGUGUAUGAGAUUUUUAGGCUAUCCCUUACAGGCACAACAAUGCUUUAAAGGUGUACUUGAUUGUGAGAAGCGGAUCACUUACGAUACAUUUCUUGCACCACAUUCUGCUAUGGAGUUGGGUUUGACUUAUUUAUCAGUCAAUGAGUUGACUGAAGCCCGUGUUUGGCUAAAUAAAGCCAGACAUGAAUAUACCGGCUAUUUAUUGGAAACUAUAGUCCACUUUCGGGUUCACUGUGCUAUGAGAGUGAUUAAAUCAAAACUACAAAUUGAUUUGAACUCAUCUCAAGAGUCAACUUCUGUUAUAUCACCAGUGAAUGACAAUCAACUGAAAAACACAACUAUAUUCAGCUCUAUAUUCACUGAAUUGUCAAAAAAGAUAAGUAAUGUUUCACUUAAUACAAGCACUCAUAACAAACAAACUGAAUAUGAAGAGUACUUAAAUGGUUAUCAAAUUAAACUAUAAUGAAUUG